UGCCGCCGUCGCUGUUGUUCCAUUUUCGGCCGGCCACGAUGCCUUUUCUAGGGCAGGAUUGGCGAUCGCCGGGGCAGAGCUGGGUGAAGACGGCCGAUGGCUGGACCAGGUUUCUGGACGGGAAGGACCACGGCAGCUACGGCGGCGAUUGGAACAGUUACUGCAGAAAAGAGGAAUACAAUAAAGAGAACAUUUUCAACAACAUGAACUGUGACGUUGCUGCAAAGAAGCGAAAGAAGGACCAGCUGAACAACAAGACGAGGAUUCAGUAUUUUCAUCAAGAAAAGUGGAUUUAUGUGCAUAAGGGAAGCACCAAAGAACGCCACGGCUACUGCACCCUGGGAGAAGCUUUCAAUAGGCUGGAUUUCUCAAAUGCCAUUCUGGACUCCAGACGGUUCAACUACGUUGUGCGGCUGUUGGAGCUGAUAGCGAAGUCCCAGCUAACGUCACUGAGCGGAAUUGCCCAGAAGAACUUUAUGAACAUCUUGGAAAAAGUAGUACAGAAAGUCCUGGAGGAUCAACAGAACAUCAGGCUAAUAAAGGAACUACUCCAGACGCUUUACAUGUCGCUCUGCACCUUGGUCCAAAGCGUCGGCAAGUCUGUUCUGGUUGGAAACAUCAACGUGUGGGUCCACAGAAUGGAGAUGAUUCUUCACUGGCAGCAGCAGCUGAACAAUAUCCAAAUCACCAAGCCGGCCUUCAAAGGAUUGACUUUCACCGACCUCCCCUUAUGUUUACAAUUAAAUAUCAUGCAGCGGCUGACAGAUGGGAGAGACCUUGUGAAUCUUGGGCAAGUUACUCCAAGUCUUCAGGUGCUCAGCGAGGACCGGCUGCUGUGGAAAAAGCUUUGCCACUACCACUUCACAGACAGACAGAUUCGCAAACGGCUAAUUUUGUCAGACAAAGGGCAUUUGGAUUGGAAGAAGAUGUAUUUCAAGCUUGUGAAAUGCUACCCAAGGAAGGAGCAGUAUGGAGAUACGUUGCAGCUCUGCAGACACUGCCACAUUCUGUCCUGGAAGGGCACUGAUCAUCCCUGUACAGCUAACAACCCUGAGAGCUGCUUGACUUCCCUUUCACCCCAGGACUUCAUCAACUUGUUCAGAUUCUGAACUUCCGAGUAAUUUCAUUGUAUAUCUUGGUAUUCUGAUGGGACAUUUUAUACUGCUGAGCAGACCAGCUCAACUUGUAUAUAGUGUGUAAAUAUUACUGUUUGGAGUUUUCGAGUCAAGAGGACAACAGGAUUUUUAGGAGGCAAAGAGAGUCGUUGUUCAAUGGCACUGAACUCUUUUAAAAAAAAUGAAGAAUAUGGCCUUCUAAUUGGACUGAUAUAUGUAAAUGCUGUACUUUGUAAAUAUGAUGCUUUGUAAGAAUUGGAAGUGCAAGCCGUAGAGCAAGACUCCUAAUUCCGUUGAAAUGUCUCUUUGAAAUGGAAUUUGAAAUGUCUCUUUGAUUUCAAAGUCAAGAGAAUUAAACACUGCGAUUAGGCUAAAGCUGUUGAACUACAUCCCUGCUCUGAGUUUUGUUUACAAAAGAUGUUUUUAAAAAUGACAACUUACAAGGAUGUAUCCCUUUAUCCUUUUUUUUAAAAAAAGAAUCAACAUAAAAUGUAUACACCAUACCAUUUUCUACCUCUGAAAAGCUGUCCAACCAAUCCAAUAUGCAAUGUGAAGUGUUUGUACUUUAUAUACAGAGAUUUAAAGGUGAAAUGUUGAUGGUGACAGUAAACAUAUUCCUUUUCAGUAAUGCUUAAGUUCAAAUAUAGAACGUGUUUAAUGGUAUUUGAAUAGUCAGGUUCUAGGAAAUUUAGUAACGAUCUAGCAAAAUUGUCAGCGUCUUUCGAUGCCUGGUGAAAGAUCAAACACAAAAAAGAGUAGGUGAUGAUGGAGUUUCUGUUUGCUAUGCCACACCACCUUAAUCCUGUGUAGUUUCUGGAGGCAGUGCAGCAUAAGGUAGCUUUGCUGCUUUGCAAAAAGAUGUAAUUUGUGUUUUUUUGAGGCAAGCUUAUUAAACAUGCACGCACGCACACACACACAAUUGUUAGCUUUUUAACUCUGUGGAACUUAAAUGGGAAAGAUCCAUUUCUAGAGGGCACUUAUUGGCUAGUGUCUGUGACCUCAUGAAUCCACCUCUCCUCCUCCCUUCCACCACUCCAUCUUCAGAACAACUUUGAAAUUGUUACAUCACCUGAUAUGUGAUGUUUUAAUGUAAAGAUGCCAGAGGGACUGAACUUGGGAUGUACUGCAUGCAAAAUGUGCACUUUACCACUGAACUAGGGUUCUCCCAAUUGUUCAGCAAAUUCCAUGACAGGUGAAGAACUUGCUGAGACAUCUUGUUGUAUUACAACUGUUUUCCGCCUGCAUUUGCAGCAAUAAUACUUCUGGCCCAUUGGAUCCAGAUGUCUUAAAAGUAGAAUGGGGGCCAGCAUGCCAGCUGGGGAUUCUGGGAGUUGUAGGAUAUGAAAGGGAUUUUUUUAAAA